AACGUGUCACUUUAAGAACGUCGGUGAUCACGUGUGCAGCGCUUUUCACACACACCACAAAAGUUUGACAUAAAUUUCGAAAGUUAUUUUGUAAUUGUCUAAGUGUGUAAUAUUGUCCGAGAAAUAAACUUGGAUAGUGGUACGAUGGACGGGAUAACCCAGAACAUUCUGACUUCAGGAUUUGCUCUCGACCUGGGGCCCUUGAAAGAGCCCUUGGCAUUUAUUAGAGUGCUCGAAUGGGUCUUCUCCAUAUUUGCCUUCGCUACAGCGUCGGGUUAUGCCGGCUCUACGAGCAUCAACGUGCUGUGCCAGGGAAGCAGAAGCCAAGAAAUCACUGCUGACUUUAACUACCCAUUCAGACUCAUGGCUCACCCAUACACUGUCCCCUCCUGUAACAACGACUCCAGCACUAUCCAGACCUAUCUGACCGGCGACUACUCCUCCUCAGCCGAGUUCUUCGUCUGUAUCGGGGUGUUUGCCUUCCUCUACAGCACCGCCAGCCUGGUGAUCUACCUGGGCUACCAGCACGUCUACAGGCAGACCAGCCGCGGCCCCAUUGUGGACCUGCUGGUGACUGCAGCCUUCACCUUCCUGUGGCUCGUGUCCUCCUCUGCCUGGGGUAAAGGCCUGACUGACGUGAAGUGGGCUACCAGCCCCUCUAACCUGGUAGGCUUCAUCUCCACCUGCAAGGACGUCAGAAACAAGUGCACACCAGGAGCAGUGCCUCACAUGGGGCGACUCAACUCCUCUGUGAUCUUUGGAUUCCUCAAUCUGAUAUUAUGGGGUGGGAACUGCUGGUUCAUCUUCAAGGAAACGUCUUUCCACAAGUCAGCCAACCCCCCUGCGGACGUAGAAGAGGGUUCAGAGGUCAGGCCCAUGCCGUCCUAACUGGGCAGUUCUCUGCUGUCAACGGCCGUGUUCCAGACUGCCUGCACAAUGCAGCCACACUCCAUAAAUUAACCAAUCUUUUGGGGCGAAUCUUAACCUCCACUCAAAUUCUCACAUAGUCAUGCAUCGAUGCCACUAGGAGACAAUGUGACAUUGUGGAAGUUAAGAUUUUCCUCUGUGUGAUUUCUGACUUGUUGAACACUUAUCCAGGUGCUUUGAGAUGUGUGACUGAUUUGCAGAUGACCUGGAACAGGGCUGAGGUUCCCUCCAACCAAGUAGUUCCUGUACUUUUUUUUUUCCCCAAAUGAUUUGUAAAUUGGUUCGAAUGCUGCUUAGAAAUGUCUUCCGUAAACUGGACCACAGUUUCGUUCAUGCAUUGCCACAUUUAUUAAUCAAAAAGCUUUCGAAGUUGUGCAUUUUAGGUUCUUUAAAUAGGUACAAAACAGAAUCCAGGAAAUAUGGAAGGAGACAUUUUGGGGGGGGGGGGGUUCAGUCAUAACUUGUUUUGUUUCAUGCAGUUAACUCUUCACUUAACGGUAUAACUAACCCAAUGCAACAAUCAAAUUUAUUAUAAAGUCUCUGUGAUUAUUUCUUUUUUGUUACUUUGUGGAUAGUUGUAGUGUUUUGUUGAAUGUUUAUUUUAAAAAAGGGCUUAUUGCAACGGGGGCGUGU